GGGCGUGGGCCGCCGCCGAGGGAAGGCGCGCAGACGCGCAGCGGCCGGCCAGCCCUGGGAGCUUCAGGCUGGGGGUGGGGAGCAGGGGCCGUGCCGGCGCUCGGCUCCCAGCCGCGCUCCCUCGGGCCACUCGCGCUCCCGCGCCGCGCCCGGCCGGCUUCAUGUGAAGCGCCGACCCUCCGCCCCUUCCCUCCCCUUCCUUCCCUCCCUCCCUCCCUGUCCCCUCCUCCUCCUCCUUCGGCGCCCGCUUCUGCUCCCCGGGGCCCCCUGCCCGGCCGGGCGCUGACAGCAAGGGCGGGGGUCCCCGCCGCCGCCGUGUCUCGCGCAGGGUCCGGCUGGGGUAGCGGAGCCCCCCGUGCGGCCAUGGACCGGCCCCUGACCGGGUCGGCGGAGGCGGAGGAGGAACUGGAGUGGCAAGUGGCGAGUCGCAGGAGGAAGGCCUGGGCCAAGUGCCGCAGCUCCUGGCAAGCGUCGGAGACAGAGGAUCUGUCCACAGAAGCGACGACGCAGGACGAGGACGAGGACGAGGAGGAGGACCUCCCCGGCGCGCAGCUGCCGGCAGCGGCGGGAAGAGGAAACGUGCCCAACGAGAAGAUCGCGAUAUGGCUCAAGGACUGCCGUACACCUUUGGGAGCCUCGCUGGAUGAACAAAGCAGUAAUACACUCAAGGGUGUGCUUGUGAGAAAUGGAGGAAGUUUUGAAGAUGAUUUGUCAUUGGGAGCUGAAGCCAACCACCUCCAUGAAAGUGAUGCUCAAAUUGAAAACUGCAAUAAUAUCUUGGCCAAAGAGAGAAGACUACAGUUUCAUCAGAAAGGGAGAAGUAUGAAUUCCACUGGAUCUGGGAAAAGUAGUGGGACAGUCUCAAGUGUUUCAGAAUUGUUGGAACUUUAUGAGGAAGAUCCCGAAGAAAUUCUUUAUAAUCUUGGAUUUGGACGUGAUGAACCAGAUAUUGCUUCUAAAAUUCCUUCCAGAUUUUUUAAUUCAUCAUCCUUUGCCAAAGGGAUAGAUAUUAAAGUAUUUUUGAGUGCUCAAAUGCAACGGAUGGAAGUAGAAAACCCAAAUUAUGCUUUAACAAGCCGUUUUCGUCAAAUUGAAGUGCUUACUACUGUGGCCAAUGCAUUUUCUUCUUUAUAUUCACAAGUCUCUGGGACUCCCCUGCAGAGAAUUGGAAGUAUGUCCUCAGUGACCUCUAACAAGGAGACAGACUCACCUCCACCUUUAACUCGAAGUAACACUGCAAAUCGUUUAAUGAAAACACUAUCAAAACUAAAUCUAUGUGUUGAUAAAACAGAGAAAGGAGAAGGUAGUAGCCCUUCUCCAGCAGUUGAUAAAGGAAAGAUUCUAAAUAUUUCAGUGAUUGAAGAAAGUGGCAAUAAAAAUGAUCAAAAGUCUCAAAAAAUUAUAAAGAAGAAAGAGUCAUCUUCUAUGUUGGCUACAGUUAAAGAAGAAGUCUCGGGUAGUUCAGCAGCUGUUUUGGAGAAUGAUAAUAGUGAUAGAAUUUCUCAUGAAGCAAAUAGUAAUUUUAACCAAGAAACUGAAAAUGGACAAAGUAAAGAAACUCCAAGUUAUGAGAAUAAGCUGGGUGAGGAAUCUGAUGUUAUAGAAUCCACAUUAGGUAGUGAUUUCAACAUAUCUAGCCUUAGUGAGCUGGAAAAUAGUGAGCUGAAAAGUGUGCAUAUAUCCGCACCUGAAAAAGAGCCAUGUGCACCACUGACAAUUCCAUCCAUAAGAAAUAUAAUGACACAGCAGAAGGACUCCUUUGAAAUGGAAGAGGUUCAAAGUACGGAGGGAGAAGCUCCUCAUGUUCCAGCCACUUACCAGCUGGGUCUUACAAAGUCAAAAAGAGAUCAUCUGUUACGUACGGCAAGUCAGCAUUCUGAUAGCAGUGGUUUUGCUGAAGAUUCUGCAGACUGCCUGUCCCUUAAUCAUCUUCAGGUUCAGGAGUCCUUGCAGGCCAUGGGGAGUAGUGCUGAUAGUUGUGACAGUGAGACAACAGUUACGUCAUUUGGUGAAGACCUUGCCACACCUGCAGCACAAGACCAGCCAUAUUUUAAUGAAUCAGAGGAGGAGUCUCUCAUCCCUCUUCAGAAGGGAAGAGAGAAGGUGGCAGCAGCAGUUGCUGACAGAAGAAAAUCAGGCAGCCAGGAUUUCCCUCAGUGUAAGACCAUUGAGAAUCCAGGAAAUAAACAGUCCACCUGUUGUCCAGGGGAUCAUGUUACUGAAAUUACUGAAGUGAAAGAGGGUUUGUUUCCAACAGAGACGGUAGAGCUACUGAGGGAAGCAAGUGCUGAAAGUGAUGUGGAUAAAAGCAGUGAAUGUGAAUUUACUCAGUAUAUCACACACCAUAUUCCAAAAUCAUUGGCUUCUAUUGAAGCUAAAUGCAGUGAUAUGAGCUCUGAAAAUAAAAUGGGGCCUCCCUCUUCUGUGGACAGAGUUAAUACAGCUUUGCAAAGAGCUCAGAUGAAGGUGUGCAGUCUAUCUCAUCAACGAAUAGGGCGUAGCCUGCUAAAAUCAAAAGAUGUGUUAAAACAAAGGUACUUAUAUACAAAAGCUGGCUAUCCUCUCAGAAGGUCUCAGUCUUUACCAACUACCUUAUUGAGCCCAGUAAGGGUUGUGUCCUCUGUCAAUGUUCGAUUAUCUCCAGGAAAAGAGACCAGAUGCAGCCCACCUUCCUUCACCUAUAAGUACACACCUGAAGAGGAGCAGGAAUUGGAAAAGGGGGUAAUCGAACAUGAUGAUCAGUCUUCAGUUAAAUCGACAAUUUUCAUCUCUCCGUCAUCUGUGAAGAAAGAAGAAGCCCUCCAGAGUGAGGCGCCACGCAUGGAGGACUGCCAUCAUGGAAGGACUCCUACCUGUUCACGGCUUGCUCCACCACCAAUGUCUCAGUCCACCUACUCCCUUCAUUCCAUCCACUCUGAGUGGCAAGAAAGGCCCCUGUGUGAGCACACAAGAACUCUGAGCACUCACAGUGUGCCCAACAUAUCAGGGGUUCCCUGUAAUGCCUUCGCUUCCCCUUUUGGGUGUCCUUACUCACACAGACAUGCCACCUACCCUUACCGAGUGUGCUCUGUGAAUCCUCCUUCAGCCAUAGAAAUGCAGUUGCGAAGAGUAUUACACGAUAUUAGAAACUCACUGCAGAAUCUUUCACAGUAUCCUAUGAUGAGAGGACCUGAUCUUGCUGCUGCUGCAUAUAGUACUCAGAAAUCAUCUGUUCUACCUCUUUAUGAAAAUACUUUUCAGGAGCUCCAGGUAAUGAGGCGGAGCCUGAAUUUGUUUAGAACACAAAUGAUGGAUUUAGAAUUGGCAAUGCUGCGUCAGCAAAGUAUGGUUUAUCAUCAUAUGACUGAGGAGGAAAGGUUUGAAGUUGAUCAGCUCCAGGGCUUGAGAAAUUCCGUCCGAAUGGAACUUCAGGACCUGGAACUGCAGCUGGAGGAGCGCCUGCUGGGCCUGGAGGAGCAGCUUCGUGCUGUGCGCAUGCCUUCACCCUUCCGAUCCUCUGCACUCAUGGGAAUGUGUGGCAGUAGAAGCGCUGAUAACUUGUCAUGCCCUUCUCCAUCGAAUAUAAUGGAACCAGUCACCGAACUGAUACAGGAACAGUCAUACCUGAAGUCUGAAUUGGGUCUAGGACUUGGAGAAAUGGGAUUUGAAAUUCCUCCUGGAGAAAGCUCAGAAUCUGUUUUUUCCCAAGCAACAUCAGAAUCAUCUUCUGUAUGUUCUGGUCCCUCUCAUACUAAUAAAAAAACUGGAGUACCUUCUACUGCCUCAGUGGGCAAACCCAAAACCCCAUUAGUGGCAAGGAAGAAAGUAUUCCGAGCAUCGGUGGCUCUAACACCAACAGCUCCUUCUAGAACAGGCUCUGUACAGACACCUCCAGAUUUGGAAAGUUCUGAGGAAGUUGAUGCAGCUGAAGAAGUCCCAGAGGUUAUAGGACCUAAAUCUGAAGUGGAAGAAGGGCAUGGAAAACUCCCAGUAAUGCCAGCUGCUGAGGAAAUGCAUAAAAAUGUGGAGCAAGAUGAGUUGCAGCAAGUCAUACGGGAGAUUAAAGAGUCUAUCGUUGGGGAAAUCAGACGGGAAAUUGUAAGUGGACUUUUGGCAGCAGUAUCUUCAAGUAAAGCAUCUAAUUCUAAGCAAGAUACUCAUUAAACAGAAAUUAUAGGUUGGCAUGGAUCCUAUUAGCUGUUUAAUACAGGAGUUACCAAUGAUAGGCACUGGUGGAGGUGUUACUUGUGCUUUAGAAGAUACUUGCUGCUGAACUGGGCUGCUGUAUACAGUGUACAAUGUGUAUUUCUUCAAGCGUAUCUUUUAAAAAAACAUACAUAGAAACUUAGGCACUUUGCUGUUUCUUUUCUAAACUAUCAAAAACUGUAGCAGUUUGAAAAGCCUAAUAUUUAUUUGUAUGUCAAUAUUUUUCAUUUGAAUCCCUAUUAGAAUUAAUUAUAAAACUUGAAGACUUCCAGACUUAUCCAACUUAUAAAUAACAUAUUUCUUCAUACUAGCUUCUUAAACACUGACCUCUAUGAGGUAUUUACUGUGCAAUAACUGAUUCAUUUUUUGAGAGCCUGAAGAAACCAAUUUUUCCCUCCACUGCUGUUACUUAAUGUCACUACCAAGAAGAAAAACUGUUCUGUUGUUAAAAAAAAAUUGCUCUUAAUUCUUGAAGAGGUUACUAAUAGCAGUAGGAUAGAAUUAUAUGAGGUUACCUACAACUACUUAAUGUUCUUACACUGUAAACCUUGUUGCUUUACUCAAGACAAAUGUAAUUUUAUCAUUUCUUACAUAGUAUUUUUCUUAUAAUGUGCCUUAUGUUAAACACUAUGUACUUUCAGUUUUUGCAUUGUCCAGACUUCUUUAUUAGAUGGAGAUGUUUAUUCUUCUGUCUUUCAGACUAAAUAGUAGAGUAUCAUCCAAAUAAUGGAGCCCAUGACUUGAAUGAAUUGAAAUGAAUAAGCUGGUGUUUGUUUUUUCAAAAUGGAAGUUCUCUUUUUUCAAAAUGAUUUGUUCUCUUCCAUACAUAAAAUGAUUUUAGUUCAGUUUUAACCAGUGAAAGCUAUUUGUUUUUAUGAAAAAAAAAAAAAAAAAAAAGGAAAAUGUUUUCCUAUUUGGUUUUAUAUGUGUUAAAUAAAUGUGUAAAGUAACCACCAAAUGUUAUUAGAAUUAUUCAUCUAGCAUUUAUGAUUUUUCAACUCCUAUUGUGUUUCUUUGUGUGUGAUAUUUUAAUCAAAAGUGGUUAAGUUGUUAACAGUGUUCUUUGAAAGAAUCUAAAAGGCUUAUAAAUGUUUGAAAUAUCACACAAAGGCUGAUUUCUUUUAAAAAAAUUAAAACAAUAAAGUAUUUAUUUUGCCUAAAA